GGCACCUCCAGCUGCUCCACCGAUCUUCCCGUCAUCGUCCCUGUCAAUGAGAUUGAAUGCUUAGACCAGAUCGACGUCAACGCUCCAAGAGAUCUUCGACCACUUGUUGGUGGGCAAGGAAGAUUCGAGCGGCCGUUGUGCGAUUCGACGAAAUCGUAGGCAGAUAUCGUUUUGGAACUGAAAGACAUUGGAUCCUCUGACCCGGAAGAAACGGAUUUUGUCUUUCGGGAUCUGAAAUUAUUCUUGGGAUUGAGAAUGGAGAGGAACUACAUGGGGGACGGAAAGGACUGUGUGGGAGGAUAAGAACGAAAUGGGCGGAGGAUUUAGCAAAGGAUAAUAUUAGAAAGUCAACAAGUCAAAGUAGGGAGUGUUUUUUUCUUGGAGGGACGUAGUUAUAUAUAUAAAAAAGAAAUCUGCCGGAAGCUCUAUCUUUUGAGGCCAGUUAGAAGCCAACUACCCAUAGGGAGACAAUGCAUUCGCCCUUGGCUGCUACAAUCAGGCAUUUUGUUCAAUUCAUAGAACUAAAAUCUAAGAAUUGCUCUUUGCCAUCUCCACAUCUCUUCCCCACAAAACCUGCUUGUUUCUCCAUUCAAAGAUAUUAUCACGGAGCAAAUUGUUUUCUGUCCAUCAAUGGUUGCCAAGGUGAUCCGAUUGCCACUGCUGGGACGGUCGAAACUCGGACCUUCCCAGCAGUUUCAAGCUUAGAUUUGGCUACAGAAAGCCUCAAAGCUGUUGUUUCCGACCUCAUCAACUCUGACCCUCCGCCAUUUGACUCUGGCAUUAUUCGCCUUGAGGUACAUGUCCCAACCCUGUAGUGCCCUAUGACAUUCUCCUUGGAAAUUUUCUACAAAAGUUCAAACAACACAACACGUAAUGGCUUGAGAACAUAGAAAAUGGAGGGAAAGGAAGUUUUUUUCAAAAAAAUUUAUGGGUCGGUA